GAGACAGAGGCGCACGUGGAAGGCCCAAAUAAGCAGUUUCCGCUACUUAUUGGGAAUAUAUGAAUACUCAUCAAACAAACUAAACAAACCAUUAUUAACUAACUAAUUCAAUCCAAACUGAAAAACAAAACCAAAAAAAAUCAUUCAAUUUUUCGAGAAUUGCAGUCUCGAUUAUUGCGUUGUUGUUGUUGAAGAUUCGGUCAUUGCUGCCGAUUGUGCAUUGCGAGCUUCACUGAGGGGGUUAGAGAGAGAGAGAGAAAAACAAUGAGAGAUGAAGAAGCCUCGCAGCGUUGAGCCGACGAAACUCAAUCACAAAUCCUCAAGAAAUAGGGCUCACAAACUCGAUUGCGACAAGAAAGCUGCCAAGAAAAGCUUCUACGACCUCUCCAUUCCCCUCUUCUUCUCCUUCUGGUGUGGCGUUGUGUUGUUUCAUGCUAAAUUUGGCAUCACUCGUGGAAAUGAAGGUGAUUUGCUUGCGUGUGGGGGCGAGUGUCUCGAUGAGAAGUUGCGUAACAAUACUGUUCAUGUUUCAGAAAAUGGAUAUGAGAGUCUCCCUAACCCUAAUGGAGUGGUGAUGGAGCAAGAUGUGUCUGUGAUUGUUGAGGAUUUCUCCAUUCGUGAUGUCCAUCCAAAUGUGGAAGACUUGAUCAGUGGUACUGGUGAGUUAGAGGAGCUCUUGUCGAUUAUGCUAGGCUAUGAUUCGUUUACGUGCCAAAUGGAGCCACACGAAGAAGUUGGGAAAAGUGAGCCACAAGCACAGAAUGGGAGGAUUCACUUGACUUACCCCAAUCUUGAUGAGUUCAAGUACAUUUCCUCCAAAGGGAAGAGUGGUUCGCCUCGCCAGCUUGUGAACAUCACCCACCGCCUUGAGCCCGAUGGGACGCCCUACAACUACGCCUCAGCUUCAAAGGGUGCAAAAGUGGUUGCUCAUAAUAAGGAAGCCAAGGGAGCCAGCAACAUACUGGAUAAGGACGACGAUAAGUAUCUGAGGAACCCCUGCUCAGUCGGGGGAAAGUUUUUCAUCAUUGAGCUCGCUGAUGAAACUCUGAUUGAUGCUGUCAAAAUAGCGAAUUUUGAGCAUCACUCCUCUAAUUUCAAAGAUAUCGAGCUCUAUGGGAGCUUGGUGUACCCGACUGAGGCGUGGGAUACGUUGGGGUCCUUUGUUGCUGCAAACUCCAAGCAUGUCCAGUGUUUUAAGCUGCCUGAACCAAAAUGGGUUCGUUAUUUGAAAGUGAAUUUGCUGAGCCAUUACGGCUAUGAUUUCUACUGCACGCUAAGUGUCGUGGAGGUUUUUGGAGUUGAUGCUAUUGAACAGAUGCUUGAAGAUCUUAUUAUACCUUCUGGGGAUUCUUCUGCUAAUGGAUUGCCAAAUCCCAAUUCGACCGCACUGCCUUCAGCACCAGAACUGAGCUCCAACAGCUCUGCAAACGGUGAUGUUGCUCGUCCUGUCGUGGAACCUGUCAGUAGGAAGGGGGUGGGAAGUGUCGAUGAGGGGAAAAAUCUCACUCUGGAUAUUCCGAAGAAACCGGUUUCUGCAAGUGGUUCGGCUGAUCUCUUGCAGAAGGUCAGGCAGCUUCCUAAUAGCAGAUUGCACGCUGAUGCUGCCCUCAAGGUCGUGUUACAGAAGGUGAGAUCACUCGAGCUGAACCUGUCGGUGCUGGAGGAGUACAUCAAAGAACUUAACAGAAGACGGGUAGAUUAUUUGCCCGAGCUCGACAAAGAGCUGAAUAAGUUCUCUACUCUUCUGGAGAGGACAAAGUUGGAGAUGAAAAAUCUCUUGGAGUGGAAGGAGAUAAUGGAAAGAGGAAUUCUCGAGCUGGAGUCGUGGAGAACUGUCGUCUCAACGCAAAUGGAAAUCUUGGUCAAUCAAAACAGCAUGCUGAGAUUGGAGGUUGAGAAGGUUGUGCAAGAUCAAGUGAGUUUGGAGAACAAAGGGCUGGCCAUUUUCUCGGUGAGCUUUUGUUUCGCCAGCGUUGCUGUUGUCAAGAUGAUUCUCGAGAGGGUAGCGAAGCAGUUUCGCGCCCCAGCGUCUGGUGCAGCGUCGAAUGGAGGUUGGAUUUUAGUUCUCAUCUUCUGUAGUAUGACAAUGCUUAUUCCUCUACUCUACGGUUAGUUUUCCUCAAUUUUGUGUCUCACUCUCUUCGCUUGAGCUCUCUCCAUUACUCUACUCUACGGUUAGUUUUCGCCUAAUUGUAAUGGUUUAUUGCUUUGCAUAUAUAUAUACAAAUCAAAGAGUUUGCAAUUUCAUAUUAGGUUUUUUUUACUGUUGUGAAUUCCUAACCUUAAUAUAUCAUGCCUUUCUUCGAUUUUCA